CUUCCCUCCACUUUACUCUCUCUCCCCCCUCAUCUUUUCUCCCAAAUUAUACUUGUACCUCACUCUCUUCCUCCAUGGAAACCACCUCAGACAGAGGAGAGAGACAGAGAGUGGUCAGGUGAGCUGUGACGUCAUGACUAUGGCUCUGGAAGCAGCUUCAGUUCCACCGCUUUUCAAACCCAGAACCGCAGUUUCAUUGAACCGGCGGUUCGCAGCUUCCGCAGCAGCCGGUUUUCUUCAUUUUCCAUGUUCCCCGUUUGCAGUUGGAAAAACAAUUUACCGUGCCCCACCCCCGGUUUUGGCGGUUAAGGAAGUGAAUUCGAGCGCGGUGGUGACGGCGGAGGAGACAACACCGGUGAGAAUAGUAGCAGUUGUCGGCCAAGGCACCCUCAGCCCUCUCAAGUCCACACCUUGGGAAGAGGUCAUGCUCCACACUGCGAAAAGACUGAAAUGGGUAGACGAAGCAUAUGAAAUGCUUGUUUUUACCGAUGACAUCUGCAAAUCUGAUCAUCAAAUUGCCGUAAAUUUCCACACGGAGUUUCAACGUGCGGAUAUUUUGGUGAUUGUUUCUGUUACGAACCAAGAAUCAGUUAAAUGGAUUCAAACUAAUAGUCAGAAUAUUCGAAACAUUAUCUGCUUUGACUCAUCUCCGAAUUUAGCAAACAGAUUAGGAGGAUAUGAUAUUCGUAGUGAAACCAAGGGAAAUAUAUUAGGCAAAAGCUUUGACACUUCACAAAAAUCAAUGAACAGUGGAUCAGAGGAAGUGAUCCAGACUGUAUCACAGGCGUGGGAUCGGCAUAAUACGGAUGAUAUAAGGUUUUGUUUAUUGGUUAUAAUUAACACUUACAUAAGACCAGUCCCAAUCCUGAAGAAUCUAAGAUCAAGAGGUCUUUCUACCCUGAGCUGCAUGGUAAAGAACUGCGGGCCUCAGGUACUAAACUGCCUCUUGGAUCCAAAUUGUCGGAAAGCACUUCAAUGCUUGAAUCGGUGCAGCCCAGUAGAUCAAGUGUGUAACUAUCGGUGCAUUGCUUCGUAUGAGAGUCCAAAUCUAGAAGCAUUUUCUCUGUGCGUGUUGCAGAAACAUAAUUGUCUUGGAUUGGAUGCAAAGAUCCCUGACAAACCGUAUGUGCCACCCAUGGUUAAAUUUCAAGGGAAGGACUUGUGCCACGAAACUGCUGAAGAUCUUUUCGUUGGUUGGUUGGGGAGUUUGAAUUGGAGUUGGCGUGUUGUGGCAGGGCAGAACCCAGCUUAUGAUCAAUUUCCCUGUCAGUACCAGCUCUUUUAUAGGGGGAAGGCCAGAGGGUCAUUUUGGUACGAGCCAGUUUUUCAGGUACAAACAUUGGAGGGGAAGAUGGUCUGGAGGAGGCGGAAGUAUCGAGUCAAGAGAAGCAAAAUACCGGGGACAUUCAACUUUAGUGUCUUGGACAAUGGGGUUGUAUCGAAUGAGUUUUGGACAAUUGUGGAUGUUGCUGAUGAUCUUAGUUGGGGUUUGUUUUAUUAUAGCGGUGCUGCUCGAGCUGCAGGACAAUGUUAUACCGGUGCUGUGCUUGUCAGUCCGGAUGGGGCAUACCCAAAUGAUGUGCAUAGGACGAGGUUAAUUUCUGCUCUAGACAAGUGUGGAAUUAAAGAGUGGGAGCUGUACACCGUUAAUAAUGCUUCAUGUUUAGGUCCUCCAUUGGGAAUUCCCGAGGGUUCAAGUUUGCAUUCAGUGAUACAGGUUAAGGAUCAGCAAGGGGCGUCCUUGUUGGGUUUGGCGGAUGUUUGAACUUCAAAACGCCCUUGUGCACAGAAGAGUCAGAGACUCGAAAAGGAAGCUUGGGCAAGUAGCUCCGCUAGUUGCGCUGUGAAAUUAAGGGAUUUUCCGAGAUUGUUGAAAGGGUAGCGAUUAAAGUUUAAUCACACAAUUGCUCUUGUGCAAUAGAAGAUCAAUUUGGCCAAACAAUCUGAUUAAGGUGCCUGCUUUCUCAUUAAAUCACUGGUAUCAUAUGUUUUUUUGGUUGACUGUUAUCAUAUGUUUUCACUUAGCUGAAUUAAGCUCAAUUUUAUGUAUUAAUAUUUGUAAAGUUGCCUUGUUAGUAUAAUUUAGAUUGUUGAAAAAGGUUAA